UCACGGCUGUCUAUGGAUCCACGCCGUUUAUCCUUCCGUCGGUUAACCAUCCUUCAACUAAGCUUCUUCUCUGUUCUCGUGUACGUUUCUUCGCUCUGGCAUUUCUUUUAAUUUAAUCAUAGUUUAAGUAUUCAACUUUUGGCAUCACACGGGUAUCUCCAGUGUAAUGCUGCGGAGAAAAUACAUUUUCACCACGUAAACAAAGGUCGCCAUCAAGCUUACGACGUCACUCGGUUGGUUAUCAAGUUGACGUCAUCCUCCAGAUUUUAAUGGGCUGUUAUAAAUCUAAUAAAUACAGUCACUUGAAUUAAUCCCAUAAUCUCUUUGUGGAUCCUUGUCACCACGCCUACCCAGAGAAACAUGAGCUCACACAAGAGACCUGUCCGUGUUCGGGCAGAUUCUGACACCAAUUUCUCCUUGACGUGUGACCCGAAUGCACCAGGUGUGGAAGAGGGCAACGGUCUCCUGACCAAGCUGAUGGAGCUCCCCGUAGCCCGUCUGUCCCGACAGCAGCUGAAAAAGCUGGAGGAGCAUCAGUACAGCAGUGCGGGACGGUCCCUCCUGGAUCCCUUCAUGCAGGGAUUCUGGUGCUGGCUGGUGAGCAAAGUGCCUCUCUGGAUGGCACCGAACCUCAUCACCAUUGUGGGACUCGCUACUAAUAUCAUCAGUACUCUGAUACUAGUAUACUACUGCCCCACUGCCACCGAACAGGCACCAACGUGGGCAUACUUAGCCUGUGCUUUGGGUCUGUUCAUCUACCAAUCACUGGAUGCUAUAGAUGGAAAGCAGGCUCGACGGACCAAUAGCAGCACACCUCUUGGCGAGCUCUUUGAUCAUGGCUGUGACUCCCUCUCUACAGUGUUUGUGAUCCUGGGCACAUGUAUAGCAGUGCAGCUGGGUACUCACCCUGACUGGAUGUUUUUCUGUUGUUUUGUGGGCAUCUUCAUGUUUUAUUGUGCCCACUGGCAGACGUACGUUUCAGGAACGCUGCGCUUUGGCAUAAUUGAUGUGACUGAGGUACAAAUCUACAUUAUAAUCAUGUACUUACUGGCUGCCAUUGGAGGAACGGCUUUUUGGAAAUCUGUGAUCCCUGUGAUUAAUGUCCAGAUGAAAAUAAUACCGGCCAUUUGCACUCUUCUGGGGGCCAUUUACUCCUGCACAAACUACUUCCGGGUUAUAUUCACAGGCGGAAUGGGCAAAAAUGGAUCUACUGUUGCAGGCACAAGCGUUUUGUCUCCAUCCUUCCAUAUAGGAGUGGUAAUAACACUUGCUCUUAUGAUCUAUAAGAAGUCUUCAAUGCAGCUAUUCGAGAGACAUCCAUGUCUCUACAUCUUAGCAUUUGGAUGUGUCUCGGCCAAACUCACCAAUAGACUGGUGGUUGCUCAUAUGACAAAGAGUGAAAUGAGUCUUUACGACUUGGCCUUCACCGGACCAGUGCUGCUGUUUCUGAACCAGUACUUCAACAGUUUCAUUAAUGAGCACUGUCUUCUGUGGGUCGCUCUGGUGCUGUCAGCGUUUGAUCUGGUUCGGUACUGCGUGAGUGUCUGUAACCAGAUCGCCACACACUUAAACAUCCGUGUCUUCAGCAUCCAGCCACCGUCUCCAUCCAGAGUUCAGGCAGACAGCAGAAAUCGCCACUAACCUCUUGUCCCCUCUCCCUCAAACACCUCCAGAAGGUCAGGCACCUACUGAAGUAGUGAAUGUAAAAGACAACUCAUAGAGCCCGAGCCCAAAUGGCUGCAGUUAUGAACUUUGUUCCCAUAAUGAAGAGAGAGAGAGGAUAUUUGAAGGAUGAUAGGGAAUAUUUAAAAGAAUAUACAUCCUAUGGUUAGAACACAAUUUAGUUGACAGUAUUUUGUUGUUGGAUGACCAGUUUUGUUUGCCAUAGUU